AUGACGGCUGCUCAAGUCACUGCAGACUCGCAACCGAGUCAGCCUCGAUUGCCUGCCGUCGCUAACCAGUCGACGACCACCCCGGAAUUGAAUCUCUCCACCGAGCCACCGCAUGCCGUGCGCUUUGCUUCUGUGAACCAGGAAAUCGAGCCCGACCAGGCUGCUGCUCAGUCUCGCUCGUCAGAGCCCCAGCCGCUCAGCGACCCAUCUGCCGCUAACAAUAAUCUGGAUCCCAACGCCAAGGACGAGCUGCGAUCGCUCUCAAUCAGCUUGCAGGACACUCGUCUGCAAGAAUCCCGAAUACGUCACUUUGCUUUUGAGCCGGUUUCUCUACCAGCGUCCAGAGUCAAUUCCCGGGAUAAUACCAUUUCCACCACUACUUCACCCUCUGGCUCACCACAAGUGUCUGUCAUGCAAUCACCCCCGCUUACUCCUGCUGCUACGCACUCGCGGGAGAGCAAAGCCACGGAGAAUAAGCCAGCCAAACUCGAUCCGUCUCUCGUGACUCCUGAGAUUUCCGACUCAUCCGUCCAUGCCGGCAAGCAAGCUCCGCCUCCACCCCCAACCAGCGCCCCGGCUACACGUCCCAGUUCGACAGAAAUAGCCGCCAAACAAUCUACCGGCCAUUCAGACAGCUCUCUGUCCACCAAAGACCAGGAGAAGCAGGGCAAACCGCGGUUUUUCCUGGGAGCUUCUGCUGAUGGAAGUUCGCAAGAUGAGAGUCCUCCCAUGACUCCACGACACGAGCACGGAUGGGCCACCCCCCCAGGAGGCACCUCGGGGGCAAUCACACCUAUUGGUGAGCCUAACGACCCAUACGCCCGAAACAAACGCCCGAUUCCCAACCGGAAUCUCUCCCAGCUCGACCAAAGGUUCAUCUUCAGCGGCAUUGACUCUAAGAGACGCUCGCAUCAUUCCUCAGGCUCGUAUUCGUCUCUUAACGCUCCCGUGGCCAACAAUGCUCCAGAGGGGAGACCGUCAACAAGCGAUAAGCGAUCGUCGUUUUUCAGUGGCAACAAAAAGGACCACGGCCACGGCCACAGACAUAAUGAGAGCUUGGACGGCAAGGGUCAUGGCUCAAUGUCAGAGCUUAAACGCUUCUUUCGCAUGGGACACAAGCAUAAGCGAGGCGAAUCUCCGUCUGCCGUCUCCAAAAAGUCUAGCAAGUCAUCUUCCAACGGCAAGAAUGUUUCCCACCAGAUGGCUCCAACGAGUGUCCCCUUUGCCGACGACCACGGGCUUCAAUCCAAAUAUGGUAAACUAGGCCGAGUCCUCGGUUCUGGAGCUGGAGGAUCGGUCCGUCUGCUCAAACGUAGCAGCGAUGGAGUCACUUUUGCUGUCAAGCAAUUCCGCGAUCGUCAUUCAUGGGAAACCGAGAAGGAGUAUUCCAAGAAGGUGACAGCCGAGUUUUGUAUCGGCUCUACUCUACACCAUGGAAGCAUUAUUGAAACUCUGGACAUUAUCCAAGAGGGGGGUCAUUGGUACGAGGUCAUGGAGUAUGCUCCAUUUGACUUGUUUGCAAUUGUGAUGACGGGCAAAAUGAGCAAGGAAGAAAUUGCAUGCUCUUUCAAGCAAAUAUUGAGCGGUGUUGCCUAUUUACACGCAAUGGGAUUGGCUCAUCGGGAUCUGAAACUUGACAAUGUUGUGGUCAGUGAGCACGGUAUCAUGAAGUUGAUUGAUUUUGGAAGUGCUGUUGUCUUCCGUUAUCCCUUUGAAAACGAUACGGUGCUGGCUUCAGGAAUCGUCGGCUCAGACCCCUAUCUCGCUCCAGAAGUAUACGACGAGAAAAAAUAUGACCCCCGCCCCACAGAUAUAUGGUCUUUGGCCAUCAUAUUCUGUUGCAUGACGCUCCGCCGGUUUCCUUGGAAGCAACCACGUGUGACGGAUAACUCGUACAAAUUAUUUGUCUCUGCGCCCACGCCUGGAACGCCUGUUCCAGACUCGCAUCCCCGACGCGCUGACCAACGCGCUAAGUCAACGGCCGAUCUACCUGCCAUGGCGGGGGAGACAAAGCCUAGUGACGCUAGCCACCAUCGCCAUCACCACCGGCAGGAUAGCCAGGGCUACCCAUUCCCCCGAUCUGAGCCCGUCACUCGAGAUGAACCAUCCCCUUACCAGUCCUCCAAGCCUUCUCCAGCUCAAACGCCACAACCCCAGGAACAGCCACCCCGGACGCAGGCGUCCUCACAACCGACAGGCGAAGCGCCUGAGAAGCCCAAAUCGCGGGAGACAACGAGCAAAGAAGCACCCCCGCUACCCCAGGGUACAUCAACUUCAACUGGGCAGCGUCAGGAAGUUAUCAAGGGCCCAUGGCGCUUGCUGCGAAUCCUACCAAGAGAAUCUAGAUAUAUCAUUGGUCGCAUGCUCAAGGUGAAUCCUAAGGAACGUGCCACUCUUGAUGAGGUCAUGGCCGACGAUUGGAUCCAGAGCAUCCUGGUCUGUCGACAAGACGAGUCUGGCAAAGUCAUCAGAGCCAAAAAUCAUACCCACAUUCUUGAACCUCCCUCUUCCAGUGCCCCCGUUGCUAGUAAGGGCAAGUGA